ACUAGGAGAGAAACCUGCACCUGAGACAGAGAAACUUAUCUUUAAAGAGUAAAGAUCCUCAUACUGAAGAGCAAUGAUGUCCGUGUAUAAUGAGCUCCGCCUGGAGCAAACACUUUGUGAUGCAUUGAUCAGAGUGGACAACUUUGAAUUUUACGCGCACAAGCUCAUCCUCUGCAACUGUAGCUCGUACUUCAAAGCGCUCUUUACUCACUGGUCAACCCCAGACAGUCGGGUCUAUGACAUUCCCAAUGUGUCACCUGACAUGAUGAAGAUCAUCAUCGACUUUGCCUACACUAACUUUGCUCCUGUGACACAAGAGAAUGUACAAGAGCUUUUCAUAGCAGCAGACCAGUUCAACGUUAUGGGCAUCAUACAAGCCUGCAGUGACUUCCUGGAGGAGCAGCUGACCCCACAGAACUGCAUCGGCAUCUGGUGGUUCACAGACGCCUAUUACACUCCUGAACUGAAACACAAAGCCUUCCUUUUCAUGCUGAAUCGUUUCGAGGAGGUUGCUGCCUCCUCAGAAGAGUUCCUGCAGCUCUCUGUACAGCAACUUGUUAAAAUCAUUGAGAGUGACAGACUCAACGUGAAGAAGGAGAAUACAGUGUUUGAGGCCAUCCUUCACUGGAUCUCCUAUGCUACUGAGGAACGCAGACAAUACAUCUCUCUGCUUUUGUCCAACGUGAGGCUGGCUUUAACGACUGCUGAAUACAUUAUAGACAGCGUGAGCAACAACGAACUGGUGAAAGCAAGUGAAGAGUGUCGACCAAUUCUCCUCAGCGCCCUGGAGGCCAUGCUUGACCUCGGAACAAAGAGGUUACUUGACUCUAAAAUCGAUAACCCUUUGGCCCGCUCACGACUGCCCACUGCCAUCCUGUUGGCUAUUGGAGGCUACAGCGGCACCAGUCCCACCAAUGGCAUCGAGGCGUAUGAUGUCCGUGCUGACUGCUGGGUCGAUAUCACAAGCAAUGAGCAGGGUCCCCGGGCCUAUCACAGCGCAGUUUUCCUUGAUGGAUAUGUUUACUGUCUCGGUGGCUUUAACAAUGUUGAGCGGUUCAGAUCUAUGGUCAGGUUUGACCUGGCCAUGUACGACUGGCAGGAAGUGACCCACAUGCAUUCGAGACGAUGCUACCUCAGCGUAACUGUGAUGGACGGGUGCAUAUAUGCCAUAGGAGGCUAUGAUGGACGCGAUCGACUUAAAACUGCAGAGCGCUACCAGCCCACAAUCAACCAGUGGACUUUGAUUGCACCCAUGAAUGAGCAGAGGAGUGACGCCAGCUGCACAGCCCAAAAUGGCAAGGUAUAUAUUUGUGGUGGCUUCAAUGGGAGCGAGUGCCUCUUCACAGCUGAAUGUUACACUCCAGAAACCAAUCAGUGGACAAUGAUCGCUCCUAUGGGCAGCAAUCGCAGUGGAGUUGGGGUCAUUGCCUAUGCAGGCCAUGUCUUUGCAGUUGGCGGUUUCAAUGGAACAAGACGUCUAGACUCUGUUGAGGCCUACAACCCAGACACCAACACCUGGCGUGAUGUGCCCUCCAUGCUAAACGCCCGCAGUAACUUUGGCAUCGAAGUGAUCGAUGACCGUCUCUUUGUGGUGGGAGGCUUCAACGGCCACACAACCAUGCCUGAUGUCGAGUGCUAUGAUGUCGCAGCUGAUGAGUGGUCUUUUGUCCGAAACAUUGAGGUCACCCGUAGUGCUCUGAGCUGCUGCGUGGUGUAUGGACUCCCCAACUUGUCCGAGUACGCUGCCCCUCAUCACUCCCUGCAGUUCUCUGAUGAGGAGGAGGAGGGUGAAAUGGAAUUGUGAAGACCCACCUAUAAGCUGUAUUGCUUUGUAAAUAAAUGUCUCCAUGUCUCAAACUACAGCAGCGCUACUGUUACUUCAGUAAUAACAGAUUUUCAGUUUGUGUGGUGGUAUGGGACCACUAACUGCACCUGCAUGAAGCAAGAUAAACUAUGUAAUGGUGACAUUGACACUGAUAGG